AUGUCGAGCAACGACACAUACGGCCCCCGCGAUCUAAUAGGAUACGGCGCCAGCCCUCCCGAUCCCAAGUGGCCCGGAGGCGCCAAGAUCGCCAUCUCUUUUGUCCUCAACUACGAAGAAGGCUCCGAGAUCACACCGGUCAACGGUGACGAGCGAUCGGAGCACCUCGCGAGUGAGCUGGGACCGGGAGCCAAGCCGAUAGAGGGAGGGCGGAAUGUCAACAUCGAGUCGCUGUAUGAGUAUGGAUCUCGUUCUGGUGUAUGGCGCCUGCUUCGCCUGUUCAAAGAACACGAUAUGCACCUUACCAGUUUUGCUGUUGCUCAGGCUCUGGACAUGAACCCAGCGGUGGCCAAGGCGCUCGUUGAAGCAGGACAUGAGGUGACGAGCCACGGCUGGAGAUGGGUCGAUAGGAGCGGCUGGACCGAAGAUGAGGAAGAGGAAUACGUGCGGAAGGCUAUCAAAUCCAUCAAAGAUCAAACCGGCCAGCCUCCCAGAGGAUGGUACUACGGUAUGGUCGAAUCUAAAGCUGGCGCUCGAUCUCGCGCGAUCGUCGCCAAGGUGUUCAAGGAAGACAAGUUGGAGCUCAAGUACUGGUCGGACGACUACAGCGAUGACCUGCCAUACUGGAUCCGCUACCCCGGGACAGACGAGGCGGAGGAGAAGGGCCUAUGCGUCGUUCCAUACGCGCUCGACACCAACGACUAUAAAGACGGCUCCCACAAUUCCUUCCUCUCCCCCGACGCCUUUUUCUCGUACCUCAAGGGCGCGUUCGACGAGCUGUAUCGCGAGGGACAGGCGGGACAGGCCAAGAUGAUGUCAGUGGGGAUGCACUGCCGGCUUGUAGGAAGGCCUGGCAGGUUGGCGGGACUAAGGCGGUUCCUGGAGUAUGUGCGGGGACAUGAUGGGGUAUGGGUCGCGACGAGGGAGGAGAUUGCGGACCAUUGGAAGAAGACUUACCCUUAUAAAGGCUGA